UGAUCCGUUGUUUUCACGUCUUGUUCACAUCAAGUAAUGAUUCACGUGCGCAAUCAGAAUUGCAUAAUGACGCACGCACAUCGAAACACUGCGCGCGGCGAAACAUUUCGACGAAUUUUCACGCACAAUGUCGCUAUGACGCUAUAACUUUAUCGUGUUGUUAUCGGAGCGUGAGAUUGUAGCUCGGGCGGGAAUACGAAAGCCGUUACGAGAUAAACAUUAGAAUAUUGUAGUAAGACGUCUCUUUUUGCAGGUUAACGCAUAAUUUAUAACCAUGAUGACUGUACCACCGGAUACCUAUCAGAUAUCACUGAAUAUUAUAGAGGCGAUCAAACAACACCCGGUGCUCUAUUGUACCGAGGUGAAGGGUGUACCGGUGAAGCUGCAGGACUUCAAACAAAAAGUCUGGAAACACAUCUCGGACGAGCUUGGACUAGAUCCUACUUGGGUUAGGCUAAGAUGGAAGAACCUUAGAGAUACUUACUGUCGUAUCUUAAAGUGCAAGAGUAAGACAGAAGAGGGUAUAAGAAGAAAAAAAUGGAUCUUCGAGGAUUCUUUGAGCUUUGUAAAAUAUCCGUGUGAAGUGGAUUAUCAGCCACAGUGUGUAGAACUAACCAAGGAAUACAUACAACAGAUAAACUCAAGUGAUGUAAGUGCCGAAGGUUUACUGGAGCAAUUAGAAGACCGAAAUAAUGAGGACUAUACCGAAUAUCUGGAAGUUCUUGAAGAGACAUCAGCUGACCCAGUUGUAAUGGAAACUGAGACGAUAGAAACGUUGGACAACAUUAAUGUAGAGAUAGCUGCUCAAGAGGAAGUGGUGAAUGAACAAGAUAUGGAUAUGGACAACUACAUUCAGCAAAUACAGUCAAAGUACCGAAAGAUACGUCCAAAACGAAUGAAGAUCGAACAUUCUUCCUCUUCGAAAACAUCUAGCACUAAUAAAAUAAAAAAAUCUUCCUUGAAGAUAAAUAAAAAUAAUGUGAAUGCAAAUGAUACCAAUACAGUGGUUAAUCCAGUUGCUAAUACAGUGGCUGUUCUUGAAAAAAAUUUACCACCUAGUACAUCAAUUACGCUUGUGAAAGAAUCAAACAAUAUGAAGAACAAUGACACUAACAAACAAAUUCACUUAGCAUCCGAGAGUAAGAGUAUAGAAUUAUUUUUCGACAGCAUGGCACAGGCAGUGAAAAAACUACCACCUAAAGCACAAGCGGAUAUCAAGAUGCAUAUCUGCAAACUCGUUACGGAAGCAGAGGUGCAGUACUCUGGUCUCAGUACAACACAGAGCACGCAACAAUUCAUAGCACCACCCGGCAUGAUACCUAAGCUAAUAUUAAUACCUUGUAAUAUGUUAGAUAAUCAAAAUGAGAGUAAAGGCAAUGAUGACAUAAAAAGGUUCAAAGAAUUUGUCGACACUGUCACCCCACAGGAAAGAUUCCUGAAAAAUAUAAAGCAAGAUUGGAAGUUGUUGAAACGUGUACUAUCUGACAGACAAUACUCUGACUUCGAAAAAUUUUGGGAGAGACCUCAAAUAAUUCCUUCUACUUGUGACGUGCUUAUCAUUGGUGGUGGAGCAAUUGGUAGCUCGAUAGCAUAUUGGUUAAAGCAGAAAGUCCAUAGAGAAGAAUUCAGUGUUGUCGUAGUUGAGAAAGAUCCUUCAUAUACUAAGGCUUCCACGACUCUUUCGGUGGGUGGUCUACGUCAACAAUUUUCUCUUGAAGAAAAUAUCCACAUGUCACUAUAUGGCGCGGAAUUUUUGCGAAAUAUUAAUGAGCAUUUGAGUAUCCCCGGAGAAUCGCCCAUCGAUGUGAAUUUUCAUCCUUAUGGCUACUUGAUAUUGGCAACUGAGGCAGGCGCUGAGACUUUAGUACAGAACUCUAAGCUGCAGAAUUCUUUAGGAGCAAAAAAUGUCGUUCUUACUAAAGAGAAGCUAAAGCAUAUGUUCCCUUGGAUAAAUACUGACGGGAUUGCGGCAGGUUGUCUUGGGUUGGAAAAAGAGGGAUGGUUCGAUCCAUGGUCUUUGUUAUGUGCCUUCAAGAAAAAAGCUAAUUAUUUGGGUGCUCAAUAUGUUAAUGCUGAAGUCAAAGCUUUUCAAUAUAGGGAGUUUCCAGGAGAUUAUGAUGAGAAUAUGAAUUGUUCGAAAAGGUUAAACAACGUAGUUAUAAAAACAAACGACGGUGAGACUAGGACAAUAAAAUUUGCUAUAGCUAUUAUUGCUGCGGGCGCUUUUAGUGGCGAUGUAGCCGAGUUGGCUGAUAUCGGAACAGGCGAAAACCUAUUAUCUGUACCUUUACCAGUUAUACCCAGAAAGAGAUAUGUAUAUUGUUUCCAUUGUCCUAAUGGACCUAGCUUAAAUACACCUUUAACGAUUGAUCCCAGUGGUACAUAUUUUAGACGCGAUGGUUUAGGAGGUAAUUUUAUCGGCGGAAAAUCACCAGAACCAGACGAGGAGCCAUCAGUUGAGAACUUGGAUGUCGAUCACGAAUUUUUUAACAAUAAAGUGUGGCCUUCACUCGCUCACAGAGUACCGGCAUUUGAAAACUUAAAAGUGAAAUCUUCGUGGGCUGGAUAUUAUGAGUACAAUACUUUCGACGAAAAUGGUAUUAUUGGCCAGCAUCCUUACCAUCUCAAUGUAUUUUUAGCAACUGGUUUUAGCGGACAUGGUAUCCAGAAAGCGCCCGCGGUGGGGCGUGCAAUAUCAGAGUUGAUUCUUCACAAUCGUUUUGUAACUAUAGAUUUGUCCAAAUUAAGUUUCGAUAGGUUCUUAACAUCAGAACCCAUGAGAGAGGCUAACGUUUUUUAG